GCGGUGCGGCGGGCAGCAUGGCGGCCGCCACGGCUGCGGGCGGGCUGCGGCCCGUGUCGUUCCCCCGUCUGCUGAGGGCGGUGGGGGCCCGCGGCGGGCUGCCGUGGCCGCGGGGCGGGAGGGCGGCGGCGGCGGGCUGGAGCCGGCCGGAGCCCGGCGGAGAAGCGCAGUACUGCGCCGAGCUGCUGCGAAAACGUGACUAUGAAGGGUUUCUGUGUUCUCUGCUGUUGCCUGCAGAAUCUCGAACCUCUGCUUUUGCCUUGAGAGCCUUCAAUGUGGAGCUGGCCCAGAUUAAAGACUCCAUAACUCAGAAGACUACAGGUUUGAUGCGAAUGCAGUUCUGGAGGAAGGCUGUGGAAGAUAUAUACUGUGAUAACCCACCACAUCAGCCAGUUGCUGUAGCACUGUGGAGGGCUGUUAAGAGGCAUAACUUGUCUAAAAUGUGGUUCAUGAAGAUCAUUGAUGAAAGAGAGAAGAAUUUGGAUGACAGAGCAUACCGUAACAUCCAGGAGCUUGAAACGUAUGCUGAGAACACUCAGAGUGCUCUCUUCUACCUCACGUUGGAAAUGCUGGGUGUGAGGGACGUCCACGCUGACCACGCAGCCAGUCACAUUGGGAAAGCUCAAGGCAUCGUUACCUGUCUGAGAGCUACUCCGUACCAUUGUGCAAGGCGAAAGGUCUUUCUGCCCAUGGACAUUUGUAUGUUGCAUGGAGUUUCACAAGAGGAUUUCAUAAGAUGCAAGCAAGAGAAACAUGUGAGAGAUGUAAUUUAUGACAUUGCCAGCCAGGCCCAUAUUCACCUAGAACAUAUAUUUUAACCUAAAUUACUUUGAGAGAAGUUUCAAACCUGUAAGUAUUUUACAGCUACUUCUGUAUGGAUAUUAUAUUUAUCUGUAGGUACAGAAGGCAGUUUUCUCACAGCCAGGUGCAGUUACAUAUGUGUAAGUACUGCGUAAAAACCUUCUUACUGGGAGAGAAACUUUGAGCAGAAUAUUCUAAGUGCAAGAAUGAGCCAGAAUGGUAUCAGCACCAUAGGAAGGACUUGCACAUAUGGUACCUCACAGCACAGCCGGAGGGGAGGGCAUUUUGGCUCCAACUGCUGGUUAGUGUUUGGGAGGGGAGAAUUCAUUCCUUAACGUGACCAGACAUGCUCAGAACUGUGUUGGGAAAUGUGUUUUCUGUUUAUUUCUUUUUGGGUUCACAGCCAAGUGCAUUAGGAAGGGCACUUCUUGCUUGGAGCAGUAGAUAAUGAAUUCUGAAGACCUGCUUAAACUUCUUUUUUUUUAAUAAAUGCUCUUAUUUUUAGCUACACUCGCAACCUAAUGCAAAAAGCAAAAGAAUGCUUCAUCAGCAGGGCACUGUUAGUCUCCCUUUAUCUGGAAAAUAAAACUUGCAGGAAGCACUGUAAAGACUAUUCUUUUGUCAGCAGUACGUGUGUGCUCUGAGUAUCUCAUCCAGUCCAGGUAGUCUGAAAAGAUACUGCUUCAAAGUAAGGAAAUGUUGGAAUUCUCUGCAUUUACAUCAUGAAUAUAAUCCUCACUUACAAAGUUAGCCAUAAUCACAAAGUAUUUUCUGCAGUAUAGGCAGGAGAACCUUUCUUAAUUUUCAUUUUUCUGAAGGUAAAAUAAGGUAUCCAUGGUUUGUUCCGUGAGUUGUUGGUUAGCUGAUUAAUUUUUAGGGGUCAAAAAUAUGUAGCUUCAGGCUUUAUUUUUAGUACAGCCUAUGUGUAAUUUGUAUUAGAUGUAUUCCUCUUCAUGCUCUUUCACCUUGUCCAGUUCCAAAGGAAACUGUUAGUUGAGAAGCUGGAAAAAGAAGCAAAGAAAAUGGAAGGUCAAAACUGCCCACUUGAGUGUUCAAGCAGAAACUUCCUUCUCUUUUUUUCCCCUAAUCUUCUACCAGAAGAACACUACCAAACUCCAUCAUCAUCAGUGAAGAAUAAUGGGCAGUAGAGAGUUUGCUAAGUGUUCAAACCACUUGAAAUUGGCAUUAAGACGCAGUAGAGUAUUAGCUGCCUUAAUAAUCAGAGAGUCUUUGUGUAAGAUAAAGAUGCUUUUUUCCCUAAUGGAUGAUAUCUCAAGACUUCAGGUAAAUAUAGUGGGUUAGUGCCUUUAGGCGCAUCAGUUCUCCUGUAUAAAAUUGCCAUUUUGUUUUGCCUAAGGGUGUUAUCAACCGCUCACCCUCUGACUUGCUUGGAGCGGUGAAGCUUAAAACUGCAGAGGUUUUAACAGUCACAGAAUUUAUACGGCCACACAUGCUUUGCAGGAUAACAGUUAUUAUGCCCGUUUCACAGUCAGAAGGAACAAUCUGAAAAUGCUAAAUAAAUCUUGGGGAUAUUAUGUGUAAUAAAAUGGCACUUAAUCAACUGUGAGAGAAGUUUGUGAAGCAUGGUCAGCUCUUUUUGGUACUGUGACUGCUGACCAGCAGAGGGCAAAAGAAGACAAUGAAGGUUGUGGUUUUCUUUAGGACUAUUGCGUUUUAUCUGAAUAAAAGCGUACGAUGAAGGUGCUGUGUCAGUCCCACACAGCCCUUUGAAAUGUGUUAGCAGCCUUUACUUGUUCCCCAUCUUUGUCUUCAGUACUAUCUCCUGCAUUUUCCCAGGAGGUCUCCUUUUGGCCUUUUGCCCUUAUCUCGAUUAUGGUACAUCAGUUUGCCAGGGAAGAUAAGGUGCUUUCUAAAUGGCAGUCAUGCAGACCCAUUCUGAGUUAAGACCAUCAAGCAAGAUUACUUUUUUCCUUUGCUCUCACAAAUACCAAUAGUAAGCUAGAUCAGAGAAGGUAAUUUUCCUUUUCGAUGUAUGCACAUUAAUUUCAUCUUAGAGUUUUAAAAUAAUUUGCCCUCUGAAAAGAUUCAGUAUUUUUCCCUCCUAAAGUUUUAGCCACAUUUUCUCAUUUUUCUGGGAGGAUCGAUGUGUUCGUGGCAGAACACGAGCCAGCAGUGCGCUCAGGUGGCCAAGAAAGCCAUUGGUGUCCUGGCUUGUAUUAG